CAAUAAAUAAUUUUUAAUUCGUGCAAUAAUGACAAGUUAUACAAAUACAAAUACAAGCACAACCCCAAAAAAUGCUCAAGCACCGAUCGAUUUAAAUAACAAACUUGUGAGACGUAUGAGAUUUCCACCGUUAAUACUGAAUGGUCAUUGGUUGAAAGAUGGAAAUGCAAUUUUGUUUAAUAACGGCAAGACAGCAAUGAUUUAUUUGGGUGGAGAUAGGAUUCCGUCAACAGUAUAUGGAGGACCUCUGAAGGAUGAAUAUGAAUUUCAUGAUGCACAUUUUCACUGGGGCGAGAAUGAUUCCAGAGGCGCUGAGCAUACGAUCGAUGGUACUUGGUUUACGAUGGAAUGUCAUUUAGUUCAUUGGAAUAAAAGAUAUCUCACUUUCGAAGAAUGUUUAAAAUAUCAAGAUGGUCUUUGCGUGUUAGCUUAUUUAUUCUUGGUUCAUUCGGGAUCUUGUAAAUGCAGCAACGUCAAAUUUGAAGGAAUCUCUAAAAAUCUAAAAUAUAUUCAGAAUACUGGAUCAGAGAUACAAAUUCCAGCAAAUUCUUUAUCUUGGAUGCAAACAGCAACAGAUUCUACAAAUUAUUAUACCUAUCACGGUUCUUAUAAUGUAGACCCUCAUCCGGAAUGUGUUACAUGGAUCGUAUUUCCAGUUAUUAUUCCUAUACAAUCUCGACAAUCAUGCUUAGUGCAAAAUGGCGUGAUAAAGAACCGUAUUUGUAUGGCGGCCCCUAUGUUAGCAGUUACGUCUUCUCGCAGCUUCAUUUCCAUUGGGGUAAGACUGACAUGGAGGGUAGUGAACACCACAUCGACGGCGGAAGGUUUUAUUUUUACUGUCUACAAAUUCGAUUUAUUUGUUCUUUUUUCAUUUAAACAUACUUUUUUUCCACAAAGUAUGCCAAUGGAACUGCACGUGGUACAUUACAACAGUGAUUACGCAACUCAAAUAGGGGCUCUUCGCCAACAUGAUGGUAUCACUAUAUUGGUAUAUUUAUUCCAGCUGCAGGCAACUCCUAAUCCGCUUUUGGAUGAUAUCAUAAAUACAUUACCCUUUAUUCAAGCGGCUCACUCUUCCAUUCGUUUAAUACCUUUUCCUAUAACAAAUAUUAUACGAUGCUUUCAACGUGAUUACUUCGUUUACUGGGGUUCCAUAACCAUGACAAAUAUCAGAAACAGCGUACUUUGGUUAAUAAGCAGAGAACCAUUAGGAAUAUCUAUCGACCAAAUUGCGGAGUUUCGCACACUAUGCGACGAACGUAAAAUGCCAAUUUUGACGAAUUGUCAGCCAUUACAAGACAGAGAUAACAGAAACGUUUUCCACGUAUGUCCUAGUGGAUCUAAAUAUGCAACGCUUCUGCCAUUACGCAAUGGUGAUAAAUAUAUUCAUGAAGACAGUGUCGAUGAGAAAUAAUAAUGCGUUGAUUAUAUUACUCGUUAUAACAAUAUUGCAAAAUUAAUUUCUGCAAUUAUUCAUAAAUACAUCCAAGUAUGUCUAUUUAA